UGUCUCGCUUGACUUGAAGAGUUGUGCGGCUGUUGCAGUCAUGGUGCUGUUUCCCAACUCACUGACGGAGGAAGAGGAGGCUCUACAGAAGAAGUAUGCGAAACUAAAGAAAAAGAAAAAGGCACUUCUUGCUUUGAAGAAGCAAAGUUCAACUAACCAAACAAACCAGAGCGGCUUGAAACGAACGCUGUCAGAUCAACCUGUUGUUGAUACAGCAACAGCAACAGAGCAAGCUAAAAUGCUCAUCAAGUCAGGAGCCAUCAGUGCCAUCAAGUCAGAGACCAAGAACUCCGGCUUCAAACGUUCUCGAAUGCUAGAGAUCAAACUUAAGGAUCCAGAAAAAGGCCCAGCUCCAGCUUUCUUACCCUUCCAGAGGAGUUUCUCUACAGAUGAUGAUCAACCUGAGUCUGGAAAGAGAGCCCAAAGGAAGUCUCUGUAUGAGAGUUUUGUAAGUUCAAGCGACCGAUACCGGGAUGAAGAUGAAGGAGGAAGCAUGUCAUCCAGCCAUGAUAUGGACCGAGAGAGAGAAAGAGACAUGGACAGGGAGUGGGAGAGAGACAGAGACAGGGAUCGGGAUCGUGAUCGAGACCGGGAAAGAGGUCGAGAAAGAGAUAGGGACAGGGAAAGAGAAAGACACAGAGAUCGAAGCAGAGAAAGAGAUAGAGACCAGGAGAGGGAUCGGGAAAGAGAAAGAGACAUCCCUUUCAGAAGAUCAGACUCGUACCCAGAGCGCAGAGGUUUGCGGAAGGGAAACACUGUCUAUGUUUAUGGCUCUGGUCUGGUGGAGGACAGCCUGCGCUCUGCCUUCUCCCAGCAUGGGAACAUCAUUGACCUCUCUAUGGACAACCCACGCAAUUGUGCAUUCAUUACGUUUGAGAAGAUGGAGUCUGCAGACCAGGCUGUAACUGAGCUGAAUGGAGCCAUGGUGGGAGACGUUCACAUUAAAGUCAGCAUCGCCAGGAAGCAGCCUAUGCUGGAUGCCGCCACCGGCAAAUCGGUUUGGGCCUCCCUUGCUGUGCAGAACAGCACCAAAGGCUCCUACAGGGAUAAGAGAAACCAAGUGGUCUACAAUGAAGACUUCCUGGGAUAAAAGAAGUUUUGGUUUUCCUAUUGCAGUCCAAUUAGCCUGUCUUAUGGGAUUGUUACAAUAUUUUCGCUUGUCUUUUUGAGAUUCUCUUGUGGAUUAAGAUGUUUUGUUCUAGUUGAUUGUAAUAAAUCAUGUUGUCACUCAAUGACUGCGGCAUACUCUAUGGUUUCUGCUUGGUUAUUU